GAACAAAAGAAGAAGGAAAGCAAAGUACAAAGACACAGAUAACCAAGACUAUACGUACCCAAAACAACAGUUUGUUCAUAACUUGAAACCAAAGCAGAUCCCACAAUCACUUUCCAGAAAAAUCCUAAUCACAAAGCUAAAACUACUCACCAUAAAGCUUUCACAUUCCCCUCCAACUCAAUAAACAUAAAUUAUUUUUUAAAAGAACCCCAAAAAGUAGAAAAAAAAAGAGGCAAAAUUCAAAACUCAUUUCAUUCAAUUUUGUCCCACAUUUUGAUUUCGAUGAGAUUCGAAUCAAAACCCAAAUGGGAUUUCUGGGUCUGAAUCAAAAUUUGAUUGAAGACAAUAAAACGAAAAAAGGGGAGAUUUUUAUGGAGAGAGGCCAAUCUGCUGCGCCGAGCAGCUUAGAGAUAAAGGUGGUGAGUCCACGGCGGAGCGACAACGUUGUGCACCAGGGGGGACAGCCUCCGGAGACGACGACUCCGCGGCGGUCGUUCAGUGACUACAACCCGUUGAAGAGGUGGGUGUCAUGGCUGGUGCCGUCGAUUGUGGUGGCCAACAUUGUGGUUUUUGUGGUGACCAUGUUCGUGAACGAUUGCCCCAAGAACUCCGACACUUGCAUUGGUCGGUUCCUUGGCCGCCUCUCUUUUCAGCCCUUCAAGGAAAACCCACUUCUUGGGCCGUCUUCAACCACAUUAGAAAAGAUGGGUGCUCUAGACGCGCAGAAAGUGGUUCAUCAACACCAGGGAUGGCGGCUGAUCUCUUGUAUGUGGUUACAUGCUGGAGUUUUCCAUGUGCUUGCCAACAUGCUCAGUCUUGUAUUCAUUGGAAUUCGGCUUGAGCAAGAAUUUGGAUUUGUUCGAAUUGGUUUCCUAUAUCUCAUGUCUGGUUUUGGUGGGAGUUUGCUUUCAGCUCUUUUUAUUCAAUAUGGUAUUUCUGUUGGUGCUUCUGGUGCACUUUUUGGUUUACUCGGAAGCAUGCUUUCAGAGCUCAUAUCAAAUUGGACAAUGUAUGUAAAUAAGUUAGCAGCAUUGCUUACUCUCCUUUUCAUCAUCAUAAUAAACUUAGCAGUGGGGAUUCUACCACAUGUGGACAACUUUGCUCAUAUUGGAGGAUUUGUCUCCGGAUUUCUUCUUGGAUUUUUGUUUUUGAUCCGCCCCCAGUUUAAAUGGCUUACCCAACGGAAUGCUUCCCCUGGACGUGUUACUACUCCAGUUAAAUCUAAACACAAGACAUAUCAAUAUGUAUUGUGGGUCCUCUCUUUGAUACUAUUGAUUGUUGGGUAUACUCUUGGCCUGGUUACUCUUUUUCGAGGGGUCAAUCUAAACAAUCACUGUUCCUGGUGUCAUUAUUUGAGCUGUGUCCCUACGUCAAAAUGGAAUUGCAAGUCACAAAAUAUCUAUUGUUUGUCGAGCCAGAUAGGGAAUCAGCUGAACUUAACGUGCGUAAGCAAUGGCAGAAAUGGAACAUAUUCGUUGUCGGAUCCCAGCCCCUCCCGGACUCAGCAGCUAUGUGCUGAGCUUUGCAGUUGACCAUACAUGUACAGAUUUCAAAGGUGAUUAGAGAGUGUUGAUUGAUAUGCUUCAUUCUUGUAGGAAGUAUUCUUUCUCUUUCUUUUGUUUUUUGUUGGGUAAAAUAGUCUUCUGUAUUCACCAAGCAAUGGUUCUUAUUGUCAUUAUUCUUUUCAUUC